AUGGCGACUCCGAUACGCAAGAAACGCAACUUCAAACUACUUCAGCUUUCUACCCCACCGUCGACCCCCCAGGCGUCACCAUCUCCUGAUGAGCCCGUCGCUACACGUCAAGCUCCCACAGCAGCUACAGCAGGUUCAGGGAAGAAAAGACCACCGCCAAUGACCCUCCAGGCACCAAAGAUGCCCACAUCUUCAGCGCCUACCAACGGGGAGGACAAUAAUUUGCUCACCGUCAUGAAUGGUCCUAGCUCUGCGCCAAAUACAGCUUCGCCUGCAGCCACGUCCAAGAGAAACACAUAUCAUACAGCGUUAUCGAAUACCAUUGCAAAUCUCGACUUGAAUGCAGAGGUUCAUUUUGACCUCAGAAAUGAGGAUUUGAGAGAUUUGCACGAGUUGGGUCAGGGUAACGGGGGAAGUGUCAAAAGAGUUGAACAUGUACCGACUGGUACUCAUAUGGCGAAGAAGAUCGUCCUCAUUGACGCCAAACCCUCUGUGAGGAAGCAGAUUUUGCGAGAGCUUCAAAUCAUGCAUGACUGCCGUUCACGAUAUAUCAUCUCUUUCUACGGAGCCUUUCUGGCUGAUCCUAAUAUCUGCAUCUGCAUGGAGUUCAUGGACAAGGGGUCUCUGGAUGGAAUCUACAAGAAGAUUGGUGCUAUUGAAUUAGACAUCGUGGGUAUGGUUGCGUUGGCCGUGUUGGAAGGCCUUACGUAUCUAUACGAUGUCCAUCGAAUCAUUCACCGUGAUAUCAAACCUUCCAACAUCCUGUGUAAUUCCAGAGGAGAGAUCAAGAUUUGUGAUUUCGGUGUCUCUGGAGAGCUCAUCAACUCCAUCGCUGAUACGUUUGUGGGCACAUCAACGUAUAUGAGUCCCGAACGAAUUCAAGGCGCACAGUAUACAGUCAAGUCAGAUGUUUGGUCAUUGGGAAUUUCCCUGAUCGAACUUGCUCUUGGACAUUUCCCUUUCGCCGAGUCGUCUUCGGACGAUUCUGAUCUGUCGGACCUUGAGGACUUCGAAAGCACGCUUUCCCCAGCAAGGCCAGGAUCCAUGGGAUCCAUCGCAGCCCUUUCGUUCACGCCGUCGUCUUUACCGCCAUCGAAGAAAAAAUCGAAGGCAAACAAUUCCGAAAAGACCAAGAAGGACAAAAGGAAGAGCAAGGGUGUCAGCUUACAAGGUGGUGGCAUGACGAUGAGCAUUCUGGAGCUUCUUCAACAUAUUGUCAACGAACCGGCACCCAGGUUAACACCUGAGGGAAGGUUCCCGGCCCAUGCGGUGCAUUUUGUGGAUAGUUGCCUAUUCAAAGAUCCUGACGCCAGGAUGACGCCUAAAGAGCUCCUGAAAUACGAGUGGAUAGAGCUCACGAGGAACGCAACUGUCGACGUUGAAGCAUGGGCAAACACGUUCUGA